AAUCUAUUCUUUGAUAAUAAACUUUUUGAGAACAAAAAAGAAUUAAUAGUGUAGACAAAUAUGUAAAUGACUUGACAUUAGAAUCUAAUGAUAUAUAUUCAUACAAAAAUAUAAUGGAAAUAAUGAGUGAAAACUUUAUGAAUGAGACAUAACAUGAAUGAAAUGAUUCAUUUAUUUACAUUUGAAUCAUAAUGAAAAUCUAAGAACUAAUUUGUUUAAAAGAAUUUGUUGAUAUAAUGCAAUAGUUUUUCCUUGUCUUUUAAAGUUACAAUUUGAGAAAUUUAAAAUAUUAUUGUACGAAAACAAAAUGAUUUUUCAACAAGAUUUCAAUACUCCUCAUAUAUUUUCACCUAUUCCAAUGACAACACCUCAACCAUUCAGUCCAAAAACGACUACUAUAUUAUCACGUGAAGAACGUAUGCGUUUACGUAAACAAGAACGUCGUAGACGUAAAUUACAGGAGAUUAAAUCUGGUAUUAAAAGAUUUAUAGCAAUGCUUUUUUCACAUAUUGGAUUAUCUGGUUUAGUUAUUGCUUAUACAAUUGUAGGUGGUCUAUUAUUUGGUGGUAUUGAACGUGGAAAAGAGAAAGAAGUUAAAACAUUAGCUUAUGAAUAUAGAAUUGAUGCUUCAAAUGAAUUUCUUCAACUCGUAUUUGGUGAACUACACAGUUAUUUAGCAAAACAACGGCAAACAUAUAAUGAUACUAUAGCAUUUUUAGAAUUUGUCAUUGAUUUUUUGGAAAAAGAAAAGCCAAAGAAAAAAACGUAUUCUGUGGAGAAUAUAACAGAUAACUUGGAUUAUAGGGAUAUAAAUCAUGAAAACAAUACGGAAAUUUUAAUUACUACUGACUUGAUUAAUAGAAGUACAUUUAAUAAUUUUGAAAAUAUCAACUUGAAUAGUUCGAUGAAAACAAAUUAUUUCAGUAACUUAAGUAAACUGAAUACACCAAAGAAUUCAGCAGGAUUAUAUUAUAAAAAUGUAACCAAUACAGUAAGCGAAUUGGAAUUAGAUAAUAUACGAGGUGAAUACUCAUUAAAAGCUCAAUUUGUUUUAUUAUUACGUGGUCGUGUACAAAUAGCACUUAUGGAGUUCACUAAACGUGUUGUUGAUUUCAUCGAAACUGAUGGUUGGAAUGGUAAUGAUUCAAUGGAAGAUUUAAAAUGGUCCUUUGCUGGUUCUGUCCUUUAUGCCAUAACUGUAAUCACAACAAUUGGUUAUGGUCAUGCUACUCCAAAAACAAAUCUAGGCAAAUUUAUGACAAUAAUUUAUGCAUUAAUUGGAAUCCCAUUAAUGUUCUUAUAUCUUUCUAAUAUUGGUGAUUAUUUGGCUGAUAUAUUUCGUGUAAUUUAUUCACGUACAUGUAGAACAAGUUGUGAACGAUUUUGUUCUGCUUCAAUAUUUAAUAAUCAUAAUAAUAAUAAACAAAUAGAACAAAUGAAUAAAUUUAUAAAUAAUAAUAAUUUACAACAAAAUGAACCAGUUGAUAAUGAUCCAAUUGUAAAUCCAACACAUUCACAUGGUCGUCGACGUAAACGUAUUAUUCUUCCACCAUUCAAUACAAAAAUUAAUGAUUAUGAUACUUCUAUGAAUAAUAAUAAUAAUAAUAAUAAUAAUAAUUACAAUCAUAUUAUUAAUAAAGUUAAUUGUACAAAUAAAAAAACAAAAAAUGAUCCAGCAAAUUUAAAUGAAAUUGACAAUAAAACCAAUGUAACUAUGGAAGCAACAACAACAACAUCAAGUUUUAAUAAUAAAAAAAUAAAAUUAUUUCAUUAUUUAAAAAAUAAACAAUUUUUUAUAAAAUUUUUAAAAUAUUCACAAAAAUCUUGUGCAUUUAUUAAAAAAUCUUGUAUGUUACCAUUUGAUCGAUCAAAUAAUACAAUUGCAUUAACUCAAAAAGCUAAAAAUUAUCUACAUGAAUUAUUUCAUCCACCAUUUAGUUGGUUACAAAAAAUGAUGAGAACUAUAAUUUGUAAAAAUCAAUUUAAAUCUUCACCAGUAUCUAUGAAUGAUAAUACAGAUAAUAAAUGUAUAAAUUAUCCAAAUAUUUUCUUUCAAAAUAUUCAUCAAGGAUCAGAAUUUGAUUUAAUGCAUAAUAAUCCAAUAUCAACUAUCAAUUCAAAUACAAUAAAUAAUUUCUCACAUCAAACUACUACACUUAAUAAUCAAAUAGAUAUCUUAUCAUGUAGAACAACUGCAUUAGUUGAAUCGAAUAAUUUUAAUGAUAAUAAUGCAUCAACUCAUUAUUAUGAUUCAAAACAAUUAUAUAAACAAUUAACUAAAAAAAACAUUCUAUCUAAUCAAACAAUGAAAUAUAAACAUUAUAGUACACUUCCUUUAGUAACCAAUACUUUAAGUAAUACAUUCAAUUCUAGUGGUUAUAUAUUCACUUCACCUAAAUGUAUAUCAACAGUAGAAACGUUACCAAUAUUUAAUCAAUCGAAUUUAUAUCAUUUACAAAAUGAUUCAACAAAAUAUUUUACAUAUGAUGGACAACAUCGUAAAUUCUAUUUAAUGGCACGUUAUUUACGUUCAGCACAAAGACAACGUAGACAUAAACGACGUGUACAAAAACGUCUUCAAGAACAGGAACGCUCUGAAAAGAAAAGACUUGAAAAUGAAAAACUAUAUGGUACAUUAUUUAGUCAUCAGAGUAAUCAAAUCAUUGAUGAUAAGAGACAAAAUAUACAUAAAAUAAAAUCUUUAACUAACAUCUCUGAUGAUAAAGCUUCAACUGGUUCAACCAUACUCAGUGGGUCUGGUAUGGAAGAUUUUAGUGAUGGAAGAAUACGUUUAUUAUGCUGGAAAGAUAUUGAUAUUGAUUUAGAAGUACGAUCAAUAGAUGAAACUUACGAUGAUAUACAUGGCCUAAAGAAUAUUGAAAAUACAAAGGACUGGAGCACAAAAGCAACAGUUGAUGGUGCAACUGUGAUAGUAAAUAUGAAUGUCUUGGAGCCGAUAUCUCAUAUGAAUAAAAAACGCUCGAUAAAAUGUUCUAUGAGUAAAAUAAGAUGUAAUCACAACUGUUGCAAAACUCAUAAUUCAAAAUCAUAUAUCAAUCUUCAACAGUCUACUCAAAAUAACCUAUCCUUAGUGCAUACUAUGACUGAACCAAAAAAUGAAACACCAAAGUACUGUACAAUGAGCAAUACAAUCUUAAGUUCAUAUCCACAAACACCAUUCGAAGUGGCAUGCUCAUCAUCUAAACCUUUUCACAAAUUAUUAACACAUUCGAUUUCUACAUCAGACAAAGAAAAGCUUUAUGAUGUGAAACCAUUAUCAAACUCAAUUAGACCCAAUCCUGCAGCUAUACACACGUCGUAUCAUCAAAUACCUAUGAAUAAACUCAAUGUUUCAAAAUCAGGUUUAUCAAGCCUACCAAUACACAAUUCACUCCAACAAAAACAAACUUCACAGAUUCCGACUACUUCUGCAAGUAGAGCUAACAUACCACCUAAACUGAAUCAAAAUUUAAGCUUUUUUCCAACAGUCACUUUACCCAAUUCCUUUCAUUACUCACAACCUAAUCAGUGUUCUACGAUGUCUUUCCUUCCUGAAUCCCAUAGUUUACAACCUGAUUCUUUUCAAAGGCUCUUACAAUCCACAGUAAUUUCCAAUCCAUUUGCAACAUGUGAAGAUGUUUCACGCGAUAUAAAACCUGAACAACUGGGUAGAUCGCGUCUUUCAUUAGCGUCAUCACGUGGCGAUUUAGACAGCGAAAUAGUUGUACAGUUAAGUUAUUACUCCCAACGUGGUAGUAAACAAUCGGAAGAUUUAUCAUUUUUUUCUUAUCGUGAUGGCUUUUCUGCAGAAGAGGAUGUAUCCAAAGUGACUGUACCAAUAAGUUUAUCACUAGUCAUUAUGACAACUUACAUACUUAUUGGAGCUAUUGUAUUUUCUAUAUGGCAAGAUCCAGAUUAUCUAAAAUGGUCAUAUUUUUGUUUUAUUACAUUAUCAACAAUUGGGUUUGGAGAUAUAGUUCCAGGUACCAAAAUUGAUUCAACUAAUCCAAAGGAAAAAAUGAUUAUCAUUUGUUUAUAUGUUGCUAUUGGUUUAUCAGUGUUUGCAAUGUGUUUCAAAUUAAUGCAAGAAGAAGUUGUUGAUAAAAUGAAAUGGUUCGCAUUAAGAAUUGGCAUAUUGAAACGUAAAGAAACAACAGACACUACUGAUAGAUCAUUAUAUCCUAUGAGUAGAAUUUGAUUUUUUUGUUGUGAAUUUCUAUACAUAAAUAUCCUUAUUUAUACAUAUUAAAUUACCAAUUCUGAUGGAAUAUAUUACUGAAAUGUUUUUAACCAAAAUCAUAUAUAUAUAUAUAUAUAUAUAUAUAUGUAUAUAUAUAUAUAUAUAUAUAUAUAUAUAAAACCAAACAAUUUUCAAACUAUUGUAUAUAGAAAGAAAUAUGUAGUGGUUACAAGUGCAUUUAAAGAAUGAGUAAAUAUACGUACAUAUA